AUGGAGGUGAUUUUCGUUGGCAUCUACCUGCUGGAGUGCAUCGUGAAGCUGGCAUUUCUAGACGGAUGGCAGUACUUCGUCGGAGCCGAUCGCAGUUGGAAUAUCUUCGACUUCACAUGCUUAAUCAUCUCAAUGAUCGAGCUCACGAUCUCCUACAUCACGCAAGCCGUCGAAGGAGGACAAGAUGGCGAGCGAGGGGUGCUCAACUUGCUCAAGGUGCUGCGGCUGGCUCGUUUGGCCCGUCUCGUUCGCGUGAUGCGGUAUAAGAUAUUCAGGGAGUUGAAGCUGAUGGCGCUUGGACUAUUCAGCGGCUUGCAAGCGCUCUUCUGGGCGAUUGUGCUGCUGAUGGCCGUCGUGUUCACCAUGGGCAUUAUCGUGCGAGAGCUUUUCGGGGUACAUUCGCAAAUGUUGCCGGAAUUCCAGAGUGUGGAUCGCGCAAUGUUCACCCUCUUCCGAUGCUUUACAGGGACUUGCGAGACUUACGAUGGCGAUCCGAUCCCAGAAAUUCUGUUCAAUCAGCUUGGCUAUGGAUUCCCACUAUUCAUCGGCUACUUCCUGCUCAUGAUGCUGGUCAGUGUCGGGCUCUUUAACUUGAUCAUGGCCGUCUUCAUCGACAACGUCACCAAGUCGCAGAACCAGCGCAAGCAAAAGGAGCUGGGCGAAAGUGCGGAGAUGACGGAGAUCGCCUUGAAGAUGGUCCUUGCCAAGUUCAUCAAUGAGCCGCGGGCAGGAGAUGACUCCAAGGAGUUCAUGAAGCGCAUCUCCGAGGACGCCAUGAAGAAGCUCGCGAGCCUUACGGAUCAGGGGAGGAGUCGCAACCAAGCCAUGCAGAAAAGGUUGGCGAACGAAGCGUUCAAGGUUUUGGAGGCUUUCGAGGCCAUCCAUGUGGAGUCCGAGGAAGAGGCGAAGAACUCUCCCAACACCUCCCGUGGUUGGAUGAAGAAAGCAGCCCUGGCCCUGGCUCUGGGCCUGGGAGUCCUGGGCUUCAUGGCCAUGCCGAAGGCGCCGAGGUUCUGCCAGGGCUUGGAUCUCCGGGCCUUCCAGGGCAAGUCCGACCUCGGCGUGGACGCGCAGAUGGCUCUGAAGGCGGAUGCUCUGAAGGGAGUCAAGAAGCACUCGGCCGCAGAGAAGAUCGUGUUGAAGGCCAUGAAGAGCACCGGCCGCAAGUACUCCAAGCACUUCCAGCAGCGCGAGGUCCGUGCUCUGCCGGCAGACCCUGCCGAUGCUGCCAGAGACAUGCUGACCAAGGACGAGAUCACAACUUACAAGGCGACGAGGAGAGAGACACGCAUGCGCAAGGCCACCAAUGCCUACUGCGCAUUCAAUGUGCUGGAGGCCUUCGUCUCCGUGGUCGGCAUGGGGGAUGACAUCAACGCGAUCAUCAGGACUUGUCCUGCUCCUCGUGAUGGCGAAUCGGAGCUUGCCUGCCAGGUGAACGGCGCUGUUCUGGUGACCUGGGUGGCCAAUGCGGCUGCCAAGCUUUCCUAUGCCGCCACGAACUGUGCCCUCAACCUCAAUGUGGAUGCUGUGUGCUCCGUCGGCGUCACUGGCCUCGUCUCUGUGAUGGGGGAGCUAGCGGCGACCGCUUCCCUCACGGCGGCCACAUGCACAGGGGUACCCCCGCAGCUCACAACCACCAAGAUCAGCGUUCUCGGAGACCAGACGGUACGGGAUGGCCGACGACUGAUGAUUGGAGAGGGUCCGAUUGGAGUUGGAGUGCAAUGUGGAGUGAACGUCGGCAUGGUGGUCGCCAACCUCGCCAACAUGGGCAUCUCCAUUAACUCGGCUGUGAACAGCGGCCAAUGCGGCCGCGUCAACCUCAAUGGGCCAAUCAACAAGGUUACCGGCAUCUUUACCGCACUAUGCACAGUGGACAUCGGUGGUGCCAUCGCCUACAUGAGCCAGGUCGUUACCUUCAUCAACUUGAUCGUCGUCCAUUGCCAGGACUUCCUGGACGUCAGCGCGCUCUGUGGGGCGAGCAUCUCUGGCAUCAUCACCUCCGCCGCUGCCAUGGCCCCGUACGGCGCUGCCGUGCAUGCUGCCUGUGCCAAGGGGGGCAUCUUGAAGAACCCGAAGGCACAAGAGGAGCUCAACAAGCUCUACACCGUGCCCACCCCUCGCCGCCUUGAGGAGCUGAAGGAGCUGAAGGACGCCAUGGCCAACCUCAAGGACAUCCGCCAGCAGUUGGAGGCCAAGCUGGGCUUCAAUGCCUCGGUUCCGACCAUGUACUCCGAGGCAAACCUGGAGCAAAUGAUCCAACUCAUGGAUGAUGGGGUGGCUGGCGACGGGGAGACGUCCUCCACGCAGGAGGAAUGCGAAGGGUAA